CCGAAUCCAUCCCGGGGGGCUCCGGGAGGGUUUUUUUUUGCGGGGCAGGGGAUGUUUGGAUGUGGCAGGAGCCCAAAGGCGAGCCCGAAAUGGCCCUGGAGGGAUCUUGGCGGGUCCCAGGUGGCGAUGGCCCGGGAGCGGCGGGGAGGGGGCGAUCUCGGCUCUGGGCAUCGCCGGCAGAGCCGGGGGGGAAGGCGGGAGCCCCGGAGCGGGGAGAGCGCCCAGGGCCGAUCCCGGAGCCGGGGCACCCCCGGCAGCCUGGAGGGCUGCGGGAGCUCGGUGAUGAGCGGGCUCCGGGCCCCCCGAGGCUGAAAGGGGCGCUGACUUCUCCAGCUGCCCUUGGCCAGCGGCACCAGCGAACCCAACGCGCUCAGCCCUUGUUUUCCUCCCCACAGCAGCAUUUCCCAAAGCCCGGCACCGAGGAGGAGGAGGAGGAGGCCGUGAGGAAGAGGAGGAGGAUGGCCCUGGAGGCGCAGGAAAGAGCCAGCCCGGGCCGGGGAGGCGGCCGCAGCUCGGAGCUGGGGCUCCAGGAGCAGCUUCACGAUGGGGAGAAGCCCCACAAGUGCUCGGAAUGUGGGAAGGGAUUCAGGAAGAGAUGGGAGCUGAUCAGUCACCAGAGAAUCCACACGGGGGAACGGCCCUACGAGUGUGAGGAGUGUGGGAAGAGAUUCAGAGACAGCUCAAGCCUGACCAGACACCGGAGGAUCCACUCCGCAGAGAGGCCCUACGAGUGUGAGGAGUGUGGAAAGAGAUUCAGAGAGAGCUCAUACCUGAAACAACACCAGAGAAUCCACACGGGGGAACGGCCUUACGAGUGUGGGGAGUGUGGGAAGAGAUUCACAUUGAGCUCACACCUGAACGCACACCGGCGCACCCACACCGGGGAGAGACCCUACGAGUGUGAUAAAUGCAGGAAGAGGUUUCAGACCCGCUCCCAUCUCCUCCUGCACUAUCGCACUCACACAGGGGAGAGGCCUUAUGAGUGUCGGGACUGUGGGAAGGGCUUCAAGGACAGCUGCCAUCUCAUCGUCCACCGGCGCAUCCACACUGGGGAGAAGCCCUACGAGUGUGAUAAAUGCAGAAAGAGGUUUCGGAGCAGCUCCUGUCUCCUCAAGCACUUUCGCAGUCACCUGGAUGAGAGGCCUUAUGAAUGUCCCGACUGCGGGAAGAGCUUCAAGGAAAACUCACACCUCAUCAUCCACCAGCGCACCCACACCGGGGAGAGGCCCUACGAGUGUCCCGAGUGUGGGAAGAGCUUCUCACAGAGGUCUCAAGUGACCCAACACAAACAGAGGCACCACUGAGGGAAGCCCUGCGAGUGCCCCGAGCGCGGGAAGAGCUUCGUGCGCUGCUCCAGCUCCAUCCCCCAUGGCAGGAUCCCGGGGAGGGGGAGCUCGCCCCAAAUCCAUCCCGGGGGGCUCCGGGAGGGUUUUUAUUGCGGGGCAGGGGAUGUUUGCAUGUGGCAGGAGCCCAAAGGCGAGCCCGAAAUGGCCCUGGAGGGAUCUUGGCGGGUCCCAGGUGGCGAUGGCCCGGGAGCGGCGGGGAGGGGGCGAUCUCGGCUCUGGGCAUCGCCGGCAGAGCCGGGGGGGAAGGCGGGAGCCCCGGAGCGGGGAGAGCGCCCAGGGCCGAUCCCGGAGCCGGGGCACCCCCGGCAGCCUGGAGGGCUGCGGGAGCUCGGUGAUGAGCGGGCUCCGGGCCCCCCGAGGCUGAAAGGGGCGCUGACUUCUCCAGCUGCCCUUGGCCAGCGGCACCAGCGAACCCAACGCGCUCAGCCCUUGUUUUCCUCCCCACAGCAGCAUUUCCCAAACCCCGGCACCGAGGAGGAGGAGGAGGAGGCCGUGAGGAAGAGGAGGAGGAUGGCCCUGGAGGCUCAGGCAGAGCAGGAGCUGAGCACGGAGAGCAGCGAGGACAAAUCCCCGCGGCAGAACCUCGUGCAAGAGGCCGUUGGCAGCGGCUCCACGGCGCAGGAACGCAACGGGGAGGAAAAGCCCCGCAGAUCCCGCACCAGGAGGGGCUGCAAACGCACAGCCCGGGGAUCCCAGCAGGAAAGAGCCAGCCCGGGCCGGGGAGGCGGCCGCAGCUCGGAGCUGGGGCUCCAGGAGCAGCCCCACAAGUGCUCGGAAUGUGGGAAGGAAUUCAGGUGGAGAUGGGAGCUGAACCGACACCAGAGAAUCCACACGGGGGAACGGCCCUACGAGUGUGAGGAGUGUGGGAAGAGAUUCAGAGUGAGCUCAAGCCUGGCCAGUCACCGGAGGAUCCACACCGGGGAGAGGCCCUACGAGUGUGAUAAAUGCAGGAAGAGGUUUCAGAGAAGCUCCUGCCUCCUCCUGCACUAUCACACUCACACAGAGGAGAGGCCUUAUGAGUGCCCUGACUGCGGGAAGUGGUUCAAGCGAAACUACAAUCUCAUCGUCCAUCGGCGCAUCCACACCGGGGAGACGCCCUACGAGUGUGAUAAAUGCAAGAAGAGGUUUCAGACCCGCUCCAGUAUCCUCAAGCACUAUCACACUCACAGGGAUGGGACGCCUUACGAGUGUCCCGACUGUGGGAAGAGCUUCAAGCACAACUCCAGCCUCAUCAGCCACCGGCGCACCCACACCGGGGAGAGGCCCUACGAGUGUGAUAAAUGCACGGAGAGGUUUCUGAGAAAGAACCAACUGCUCGCACACUAUUGGUGUCACACAGGGGAAUGUCCGUAUGAGUGUGGGGAGUGUGGCAAGAGAUUCACAAUGAGCUCACACUUGAAAAAACACCUGAUGAUCCACACUGGAGAGCGGCCCUAUGAAUGUGGGGAGUGUGGGCAGAGAUUCAGGGACAGCUCAAGCCUGGACUCACACCUGAAGAUCCACACCGGGGAGAGGCCCUACGAGUGUGAUAAAUGCAGGAAGAGGUUUCAGAGCAGCUCCCGUCUCGUCAGGCACUUUCGCACUCACCUGGAUGAGAAGCCUUAUGAGUGCCCUGACUGCGGGAAGGGCUUCAAGCAAAACUCCACCCUCAUCAGGCACCAACUCAUCCACACUGGGGAGAGGCCCUACGAGUGUGAUAAAUGCAGGAAGAGGUUUCAGAGAAGCUCCAAUCUCCUCCAGCACUAUCGCACUCACAUCGAUGAGAGGCCUUAUGAAUGUCCCGACUGUGGGAAGAGCUUCAAGGAAAACUCACACCUUGUCAGACAUCAACUCAUCCACACUGGGGAGAGACCCUACGAGUGUCCUGAGUGUGGGAAGAGCUUCUCCAGGAGCUCUCACUUGAUCCGACACCAACGGAGUCUCCACUGAGGGAAGCCCUGCGAGUGCCCCGAGUGCGGGAAGAGCUUCGUGCGCUGCUCCAGCUCCAUCCCCCAUGGCAGGAUCCGCGCUGGAUGAUCCCCAGUGAGCCCCGGUGGGCAGAGCCCCGCUGAGCCCUGGUGCUGCUGAUCCGUGUUGGGAACACACCUGGCUGGGGGCUCCACGUCCUCCUGCUCCCAUCCGUUUUAAGUGCGUGACAUGUUGUUGGUUUUUCACAAUUAUUGAGAUAAAUGAUAUUUGUAUAAUUUUGAAAUAGCUUUUCUGUAUGAAUAUUGGGUCAGUCCCUCUGUCCCCGUGUCCGUCCCUCCUCCACUCCCACCUGUUUUUGUCUCCCCAGGCCUGUCCAGUCCCCCCCGGGGAUUUCUGUGUCAGGACCCACUGCAGGGAUGGCUCCGGGUUCUGCUGCCCCACCCGGGCCCAUUUCCUGUCCCCUUCCCCAGGAUGUGACAAUUUUUGUGCCCCUCUACCUCAGGAUGUGACAAUUUUUCUGCCCCUUUACCUCAGGAUGGGACAAUUUUCCUGACCCCAGUCCCAGGAAGGGACAAU